CUGAGCUAGCAACCCGGCCAGACCAUCUAUACUUUUUCUCUGAUAUCCAAGCUAAUAAACCUCUCGGAACUAAGCUCUUUCAGCAUCAUGUCUUCUCUUGCUAUCUUCUUUCUCUUCUAUCUUUCUAUGCAUGCAUGCAAUGCUCGUCGUCUGGGUUUUGUUGCUGAAGAGAUUGGCAAUAAAGUCCAUUUUCUUGCCAUGGGUGUCAAUCAGCUGAAAGAGGUGAGGCCUUCAAUCUCAAUGGAACUACAAAUACAAGAACUAGGAGAAGUUGGGGUUCAUGGAAGAAGAACCCGAGAGAGUAGGAUUGGUGCAAAUACUAUGAAGCAAACACUUUUUAACUAUUUUCUUGGGGCUAAAGAAGCCAUUGCUAAAGUAAUUUCAGGACAUGAAAUGAAUAGUAUCACGAUAAUUUCUUAUCGGGUUGAAGAUUUGGAAAGCAAGGAAAAAGUACAGGGAUUCAAGAGAGCAACAAGGUCCAUGCUGGGAAAUUCAGCUGGUGAAACCGAGGAAGCUGUCGAUUCCAAGGAAAAGGAUAACCUAGGGGACGUUGACGUCAUGGAUUAUGCACAGCCCCAUCGGAAACCGCCUAUUCACAAUGAAAAACCCUAGACAAUUAUUCUUACAACAGUAUGUUAUAUGAUCAGAAAAGCUAUGCUACUUCUCCUCUUUUGGCAACUGACGAUCAGUUUCAAGGGCAUAUUGUAUGUUAUUUUAAUGGGCAAAAAUAAAAAAUGACCUCUACGAGUAUAUGUGAAAAAGACAUUUUCUGAGUCAUAGCAGUUUCAACUUCCUUCGAAAUUACCCAAGUUGUGCAACUACGUUACCAUGAAGACGGUUGUAAGAACGUGGUGAAUUGGUGGAUGAUGGCUUGUUAUAAUGGCUGCAACGAUAUCUAUAUAAGAUACUAAUUAAUGAGGUUGUGAGUUCAGGGAGACAU